AUGAGAGUUCUAGUCGCCACUGUUCUCGUGGCUAUCGGCGUCGUUCACUCGCUGACUUGCUACAAUGUGUGUACUAGUUUGCAUUCGCCUUUUUCCUACCCUAACACCAAAUUUGCAGGGCUCGAAAAUGCUGGCGAUGCAAAGUGUGGGCGAGACGACGGAAGAGUGUCCCUCGUCGGCGUACUGCUACAACAUGUCCACUUCGGCGUACGUGAUGGUCAACGUCGUCAAGGCCGGAUGUUCCACGUGGCGUUGCAUGGUCGGUCGGCUCGUGUUUCGCGCCAAACACAAUCAUCAUGAUGAUGAUGAUGAUGAUGCGUUUACUUGUUGUUGCAGUUGGCCAAAGACACGUGCAUCUUUACCACUUUCCAAAUGAUUCCGGUCAGUCUGUGCUGUUGCAGCUACGAUCGGUGCAACGUCGGCGGCAAUCCCGUCUAUUCGGAUAAGUGAGUCGACACUAUACACAGUCUCCAGAGCUGACACAAUAUGGGCGUCGCCUCGGCGGCCAAAUGGCGUUUUCAUGAAUUGAGCAGGUUUUCUCUGAUUUUUGUCGUCAACGGCGAUGAAAAAUGAUUGUUCGACAUGAAAACACACUAAUUCUCACAGAAUUAACGACGUUUUCGCGCAUUUUUCGCGCAUUUUGCUUUUCGCCACCGCACUUGACUCAUUUUGCGUUUUCUUGGCCGUUUUCCGACAGAAUUGGUUUUGAGAAUGAUAAAUCACGUAAAUACAAGCAUUUUGAGCGCUCGAACCGCGAAAACUACCGAAAAGCAACUGAAAUUUACGCAGUUUUAGCCAAAAACCUUCAAACGGAUAAAUGUGAUUUGCGACUUGACCAAAUUUAACGCUCUUGCGCUUAAAAAAUUCGUAAUACACGGUCUCCCACGGCGCGAAUGAUUUCAAUGGGGCGCACUUGCAACAGGCGGGCUGUGUCUAUUUACGCGGCGGCCAAUUAAUUAAUAUUCAACGGGAGUUUGCGUUCUUUCCAUGUUUUCUGUACAAUACACCUAUUUUUGUACGCCUGGAACCUGGCGUCGAAUAAUUAGAGCACUAGCUACGUUUUGGUAACAGAAAUCUCACAUAUCGUUGAGAAUUAGGCGAGUUAUUUCGAUUUGAAGGUUUUGGCCUGAAUUUUGAUGUUUUUCGAAUAGUUCUCGAAAACUUCUCAAGAAAACUAACUGCCUGAAUUUUGUGAAGAAAGAUUCAGCGAACAUUUUUAUCGUUCAUUGGGCUCAUGGAAUGCAAAAUGAGCUAAAAAAUAAAGGUUUGCAGUUUUGACGAAAUGCGAAAAAGACGCUAAAAACAUGAAAAACUCUAAAUUAUGUAAAGAACGGUUUCCAAUCAGUAAAAUAUUGUUUUCUAGACGUUUUUCAAGUCAAAAGGAAAGAAAUAAAUGUCGUAAAAAACUCGAAUUGAACUGCAUUUUUAGACGUGUAAAUUUUCAAAAGUUACAACGACACUCCGCAAUUUACGAGCGCACUGUGUUUAGCAUUAGCGCCCUGGGAGACCGUGAAUAGCCUAUACAAUCGGUCUAUCGAGAGACAAAUCACAAAUUAUCGAAUUUUCGUGGCUAAUCUGGCAAAAAACACAAAUUUUGCGCUGUUAAAAUUUGAAUUUCGCGCCAAUCUAUCGCUUUAUUGGGCCAUUGUAAGCUCUGGAGACCUAGUGCACUAUCGAUCGAAACUUGGUCUUUGCUUGUUUCAGUCCCCGCCAAAUCGGCAACGGCAAUGGCGGCGGCUCGUGGGGCAACGACGCAAAUCAAGGAAGUCAGAACAAUAACGGAUGGGGAAACAACAACAACAACAACAACAACAAGUACCGUAACCCGGGCCACACUAAUCCUCAUCCAUUCCAUGUUCAGCGACUGGAGCAAAAACUACAACUACGGCGGUCAGAACGCGGCGAAAGAGGAGACAAUGUAGGGAUUGCGGGGCCAUACUGUAGUCACAGUAAUGCUUGCAGUGAUUGGGGUAGAAACUACGAUUACGCAAGGCAGUUUAAUGCGAACGAACUGUAACUUUUUGUUCUCAAACAUGUCCUUGUUCCAAACCAUGCGUUUUUCGCUUCAGGACCCGUAAAACGGUGGGCGGAGCGGACGCGGCACCCAAAUUGAGCAAUAAGCAAGUGGAGGACGUGUUCAAAAAGUCCAUCGACGAUCGGGGAGACGAGAUUCAGCUGGAGGACGAUUUCAAGAAGAUCGACAAGAACUACAAGACCCAAUCGGCACCACCGGCACCCGUCACGCGGACCCUUUCCGCGCGGAAGGAGGUCGAGCAGACGCCUUUGGCGUCCGGAAAGGCAGCACAGACUCCAAAGACUCCAAAAUCGAGUGGAAACGAGAUUAAUUUGUAA